UUUUUUACUUUUUAGACUCCUCUUGUUCAUACCUUUUCCGUUUCAUUUUUGGGCGACGAAGAGGCGAUGGGUAGCGACACAAUUCCCCUCCUCACUCCCUACAAAAUGGGAAAUUUUGAUCUCUCCCACAGGAUAGUUCUUGCUCCGUUGACAAGGCAGAGAUCAUUCAACAGCAUACCUCAGCAACAUGCCAUCCUUUAUUACUCUCAGAGGGCGUCGAAAGGCGGCCUUUUGAUAGCCGAGGCAACCGGAGUCUCCGACACGGCACAAGGGUAUCCGAACACUCCUGGGAUUUGGACGAAGGAGCAAGUGGAAGCGUGGAAACCCAUUGUAGAUGCGGUUCAUGAGAAGGGGGGUGUCUUCUUUUGCCAGAUUUGGCACGUGGGGCGAGUUUCGAACUAUGAAUUUCAGCCUAAUGGCCAACCUCCAAUUUCGUGCACUGACAAGCCAGUGGCACCUCAAGUCCGAGCAAACGGCAUUGACGUCGCUAAAUUCGCGCCUCCAAGGCGAUUAGCGACAGAGGAGAUCCCUUUAAUCGUCAACAAUUUCAGAGUUGCUGCUAGAAAUGCUAUCGAAGCUGGUUUCGAUGGUGUCGAGAUCCAUGGGGCCCACGGGUAUUUGAUCGACCAGUUCCUGAAAGACCAAGUAAAUGAUCGGACUGACAAGUAUGGCGGGUCCCUUGAGAACCGGUGCCGCUUUGCCCUAGAAAUUGUCGAAGCCAUAGUCAACGAAAUCGGGGCUGAUAAGGUCGGAAUAAGGCUCUCUCCUUAUGCUAACUAUAUGGAAUCCGGAGACUCAAAUCCCGAUGCUCUCGGCCUCUACAUGGUGAAUUCUCUGAACAAAUUCGGAAUUUUGUAUUGCCACGUGGUGGAGCCGAGAAUGGUGAAAGUAGGCGAAAAGGUCGAAACUCCUCAUAAUCUGCUACCUAUGAGGAAUGCUUUUAGGGGAACAUUUAUCGUCGCAGAGGGCUAUAAUAGAGAAGAAGGGAAUAAGGCUAUUUCAAGUGGGUAUGCUGAUUUGGUCGCAUACGGGCGUGUGUUUUUGGCUAAUCCCGACCUGCCUCGGAGAUGAAAAUGUUCCAAGAGCACUCCCAAAGACCAACAGAAUAUAUAUAGAAGAGCAACCGAACCUGAUGAAUGUUCACACAGGGAGAAUGAUCAUGUGUUAUUUAAGUAGUACUUUUGAGCAAAUGUUCGUGGGCAGAACCUUUCGUAGAUUUGAGCUCGAUUAUAAGAUACUGCAGAAGAUGAUGAUGAAUGAUGGUGUAAACAUUUGCGAAUACGAGGAAUAAGAUGAAGAUCAUGGUCCCCUACACUUACUAGUUUGAAAACAACAACAAGAACAAGAGAUGAUGAUGAAUGUAGCGGUCCCCUCGCGUAUUUAUGCUACACCAAGAGAGAAAAAGAUGUUGAUAUGUUUUUCUUAACCCCAAAAGCAUGCAAAAAGACAGCCUAAACAAAGAGGAAGAUAUAAAGAUAAUUCAUGGGUUAAAAUAACCCCAAACCCUAAAUCCUAAACCCUAAAAUUUGUAUCUGGUACCUGUUGCAGCUGAAGU